UCACACACACUUUUAUAUAUAUAUAUAUAGUAGCUCUAAAUCUAAACCUUCAUUGUGAUCACCAUUACCAUGCCAUCCAUGGCUGAGCUGCAUAACUCAGAGUCCGAGUGCAGCGGCUCCUCCACCCCCAAAAACCACCAAAAGAGACCCCCAGAUGCCGCCGCCGCCAAAGACGGCGGCGCCGCCCAAAAGCGAAGCAAAAGCAGCAGCGGAGGAGGAGGAAGCGGCAGCGCUCAUCCGGUAUACAGAGGAGUGCGAAUGCGGGCGUGGGGGAAGUGGGUGUCGGAGAUCCGCGAGCCGAAGAAGAAGUCGAGGAUCUGGCUGGGGACCUUCGCCACCGCCGAGAUGGCGGCGCGCGCCCACGACGUGGCCGCCAUGGCCAUCAAGGGCGGCGCCGCCAUCCUCAACUUCCCCGCGAUUUCCGCCCUUCUGCCCCGCCCCGCGACCUGCUCGCCGCGGGACGUGCAGGAGGCGGCCGCCAAGGCCGCCCAGAUGGAGCAUUUGGGCGGCGAGGCUGCCGCGUCGCCCGCCACGACGACGACGUCCUCCUCUUCCUUUUCCGAGGAGGACGCCUCGUCGUCGCCCGAGGCCGCGGACCUCCUCGGGGAGAUCGUGGAGCUGCCGCGGCUGUGUGAAUGGGAUUUCUACAUCAAUCCGCCAUUGAUACAUAGCUUAGAUGACUGUGGGCUUCUCUUGGGAGCUGAUGAUCAUCAUUCAAUGGUGAUUGAUGAUUUCAUGUCUGCAAAUUUUCAAGGUCUCUUAUGGAAUCAUCAAUAAAAUAAAAUCCCCAUCAUUAAUUGUGUGUUUUUCUUUCCUUUUUUUCCUUGAAAUUUCCCUUUCAAGAGUUUUGACCAUUUUACUUGUCCAUUGUCCAAUUUCUACUUCCUCUUCCUCUUCUUCUUCAUAUCUGAUUAGAGCAUUCGCAUCGCCGUGCUCAUAAAGCUAUGAGCACGGGAGUCGCUCAAUCCAUGGACGACACAUGGCAUGUUUCUAAUUUUUUAUAAAUCUGCUCAAGAGUUGUGAUUAGUGUUGAAGAGCGUGUUAUUACUAGUGUUCGAGGUAUAGGCUCUUUUUCUCUAGUGAUUACUGUUGAUUUUUUUCUAUUUUUCUGAGGUUGUAACAAUAAUAUUAGAAAUAGAUUAAUGUAUAAAAAUGUGUGUUACCAGGAAGCAAUUAGCCAAUGGCUACUCUUCUUUCUUUUGUAUUGCGUUGAUAUUUAUUAUUUACAGCAUGAGAUCCAAGAUUUGAUUCUAUUAA